UGGGUGAGAACCACUGCUCCCGAACAUCCAACACCCCAACUAAUCCAAAUACCCUUUUUCUGCCCAGCUAACCCGGCCGCCGAUCGUACAUUCGACGUGGUGCAGAGGAUGGACGGUCGCAUAGUGGGGGGCGAGGCGACGACCAUAUACGAGGCCCCGUACCAGAUCUCCCUUCGAAAGGACGGCUACCACAUAUGCGGUGGGAGCAUAAUCGGCGCCAACUGGGUGUUGACCGCGGGCCACUGCUCCGCGUACCCGACCGCCUCCUACGAGAUCCACUCGGGCUCGACCGACGUGAACUCGGGCGGCUCGGUGCACAAGGUCGAGCGGGUGAUCAGGCACGACAAGUACAGGACCGACGCGAACGGUAUACCGUCCAACGACAUAGCCCUGUUCCGCGUCCACGGCUCGUUCGAGUUCAACGAAGCGAGGAAACCCGUCCAAAUGUACCAAGGCGACUCCGCCUCCCUGGUCGGCAGAAACGGGCUGGUCACUGGCUGGGGCCAGACGAGCCCCGCCAAGAUACCCUCCGUCCUCCACAAGGUCUCGGUCCCCCUGAUCGCGAAGAGGGAAUGCGACCGGGAUUACGCGAGGUUCGGCGGUGUGCCGAGGGGCGAGCUGUGCGCCGGGUACCCCGAGGGGGGGAAGGACUCGUGCCAGGGUGAUUCGGGAGGACCGUUGGUCGUCGACGGGAACUUGGUCGGUAUCGUGUCGUGGGGGAUGGGAUGCGGCUCGCCCAGGUAUCCGGGCGUCUACACCGACGUCGCUUAUUAUCGGGAAUGGAUCAGGGACAAGAGCGGCGUUUGA